AAAACGCGAAUGAACAUCGACCGUGGAAGUUGACUGCUGAAGUACAAAGCGCUAGGCUGAAGUAUACGAAAUUCAUGUGAGACUAGCGAGCCGCGGCCUCACUAGCCAAAGCCAGCCACAAAAAACCAAAAACGGAACACAGGCAGCAGCAGGACAAGCUCACACACACACAUCGACUAGUACCAGGACCCGCAUCAUCAUAUCCUUCCUGCCAGGCCGUCGCCACUGCUGCCGCCCCUUCGCUCCUCUUGCAGGAGUCACGCUUCGUUAAACGCUGCUCAACACCCAUCAUCUAAUUAAUAAAGCGGACGAUAAACAAACACAUUAAAUACCGAAGAGAGUGAAACCAAGCUAUUAACGCUAGUCUGGGUCCCGAUUUCUGAUUGGAAAACAAAAAACAUUGGCAUCAUUUUUGAUUAGGAGCAACAACACAAUAAAACAAAAUGCCGCCAAAUGCAAAAUCGGAAGCAGACGCCAAACCGGAAGCGGAACCAGCGCCAGCGUCCGAGCCGGCAGCGGAACUGGAGUCAGUGGACCAGAAGCUGCAAGAAACACAUCACUCCAAAUUCCGUGAGGUGGACAGGCAGGAGCAGGAGGUACUCGCUGAGAAGGCGGCGGAAGCGGCCAGUCAAAGAAUCGCACAGGUGGAAUCAACAACACGAAGUGCAACAACAGAGGCUCAGGAAUCCACUACCACCUCAUUGCCGGUGAUCAAAAAGAUCGAGCAUGUCGGCGAAGUGGUCACCGAGGUGAUCGCGGAGCGCACGGGCCUGCCCACAUGGGGUGUGGUGGCCAUCAUCAUACUCGUGUUCCUCGUCGUCUUUGGUAUUAUAUUCUUCUGUGUGCGGAGAUUCCUGAAGAAGCGAAGAACCAAAGAUGGUAAGGGUAAGAAGGGUGUCGACAUGAAGUCGGUACAGUUGUUGGGAUCGGCGUACAAAGAGAAAGUUCAGCCUGAUAUGGAGGAACUCACCGAAAAUGCCGAAGAGGGUGACGAGGAGGACAAGCAGAGCGAACAGAAGCUGGGGCGUCUCAACUUCAAGCUGGAAUACGAUUUCAACUCCAAUAGUUUGGCCGUGACGGUUAUUAAAGCCGAGGAGCUUCCCGCCCUGGAUAUGGGCGGUACUUCUGAUCCGUAUGUGAAGGUCUACUUGCUGCCCGACAAGAAGAAGAAGUUCGAGACCAAAGUGCACCGCAAAACCCUGAGUCCCGACUUCAACGAAACGUUUACCUUCAAGAGUUUGCCCUAUGCCGAUGCCAUGAACAAGACACUCGUGUUUGCUAUUUUCGACUUUGAUCGCUUCUCGAAGCACGACCAGAUCGGAGAGGUGAAGGUGCCACUGUGCACCAUUGACCUGGCGCAGACGAUCGAAGAGUGGCGCGACCUGGUCAGCGUUGAAGGGGAGGGAGGACAGGAAAAGCUGGGAGACAUCUGCUUCUCGCUGCGAUAUGUACCGACUGCCGGAAAGCUAACCGUUGUCAUCCUGGAGGCCAAGAACCUGAAGAAGAUGGACGUGGGCGGACUGUCUGAUCCAUAUGUGAAAAUUGCAAUCAUGCAAAAUGGCAAACGUUUGAAAAAGAAGAAGACAAGUAUCAAAAAAUGCACCCUCAACCCUUACUAUAAUGAGUCGUUCUCAUUUGAAGUACCAUUUGAACAAAUACAAAAAAUCUGUCUCGUUGUGACCGUCGUGGAUUAUGAUCGUAUUGGAACCUCCGAACCUAUCGGCCGCUGCAUACUUGGCUGCAUGGGUACCGGAACCGAACUGCGUCACUGGUCCGAUAUGUUGGCCUCGCCCCGCCGGCCCAUCGCCCAGUGGCACACUCUCAAGGACCCCGAGGAGACCGACGAGAUCCUGAAGAACAUGAAGUAAGGCGCUACCAUGGAUAACCAAUUCAGACUUACAGCACACCUAUCAAACGUAUAAAAGUAACCAAAGAACACUUAAGCGAACCGUCAGAAAUCAUAGAAAUCGAAUGCAUCAUCAUCAGCUACAAAUGAUCCUCCUCAACCGAAACGACAAGCAACAAUCAGCGAAAUAUCGUAGUUAAUGCAAAAAAUUGUUCAUCUAUGCCGUUAUCUCAACAUAAACAUACUGGAAAACACAAGAGCCGAUUAAGUAAUACCAUAGGUGUCUAAGUUAUAUCUCAUUGGUUGAACAGCAAAUCGAAGUGAAAGUGAAAAUUAAAUCCUAUUUAGAAAGCAAUGUGUCCCUUUCACUGACCGGAAUCCGAAAAUAGUUCGAUCGAUUUUGCAUAUAAUCACAUAAAAUAUAAAUUCAUUUCGAAAUCUAUGAAUUUGUUGUUGUCCCUGAUCGAGAUGUUUCAAAACUAUGAAAAUUACGAGUAUGUUCUAUUUAAUACAAUAACUCUAUAUACUCAAACUAUUUAACGGAUGACCGAGAGAGUAUCAUUUUUAAAGUUGUUUAAGUUUACUUUGGUUUUAAAUUAGUCCAAUGAUUGAAGGGAUCUUUCCGGUUUUAACUUUGUUUUUCAAUCGUUAAAGGAUAACUAGUGAAUAAUAUUACUGACUAAUGAAUAUAUAAUGAAAGCAAAGAUCGUAAAAGCAACACAAGCUGUUAUGUAAAUUAUUUAUUAUGUUUAAAUUAUUGAGCAUUACGUACUUAACUGUGUAAGUAUAAAUCUAUGUGUGGAAUGAAAUGGACAAGGCAGACAUAUUAACAGGAGGAAAGGAAGCGAAAUCAUAAAAAAUAUAUAUUAUAUAUAAAUAUUAUGUAUAACCCUUGCAUAGACUAAUGUUAUGUAUACACUGAGCUGAGUUUUGACGACCUAAAAAAACAGACGAAUAAGUAGAAGGGAAACCAAAACAAACCGAAAACCAAAAGCAAAUAACUAAAGUUAAACUUUGAAGCGUGAUUUCAACAGAAUAUAUCAUCAGUUUAAACUUUAAAAAAAAAUCGAACAUUUUGCACAAUGGAUCAGAUUGGAGUAUUGUUUUAAUUUUAUUUAGUUUAAAAUUAAUUAGGACAAAUAUCGCUCAGUUCGGAAAAGGUUUCCAUUUCAAAUUAGUUUUUUCUGCUUUUGGGAAACUUUUCGUUGUAGUUAAAACUGUCUAUUUAGUAGCUUCUACUUCUCAAAUCUUAAGGUUUCUACAACUGUCUAUGAAUCGUUUUUUAUUAUAAUUUCCGACUUUAGAACAUUCCCUAAUUUAUAAAUCAUAUUAGGACCUAAUGAAAAUAUACAUACUAACUAAAUGAUUAUGGCAAAAUGUUAAAACAGAAAAAGAAAUAUUAAGAACAAUAAUAGUUAUUACUAUUUAUAUUAUAUUCAAGUAUAUGACAUCUAAACAAUAUACAUUUAUAUAAACUUAAAAAAAAAAAUUGUGCUCUUGCUGCACAAGCCUACUAAGAAUUUGGGAUUUUUAGUAUGGAAAAGCGGCGGCAACAAAAACUUCUACCUACCUAAAGAAAAAACACAAAUUUAGCUAAUUAAGCUAAGCAAAAUCUCAAGAACAGAGCAUUCCAAACUAAAGAAAUCGAAGUCGAAAUCGAGACAGAGGAAUAACAACAAAAUGAGCCAUGAUUUUCUGAUUUUUUCCAUAUUGAAAGUAAAUGAAAUUCAACUAAUACAUUAGAUGUUUUUGUCCUGUAAAUGGUAUAUUAUAAUGAUAAUGAUAAAGCGUAGUUAGGGAUCUGUGUAUCCCCUGUAACACACACUUACACAGUUGUAGUUAUGUUCACCGAAGCAAGAAGAAGACAAGUGCAUAAGAAUACACAAAGAAAAAAGUAUGCAAACUUACAAAUCGAGAAAAUACCAAAAAUAUUUAUGUAAUAUAAUUCAUCUAAAUUUAACAAAUCGAAGAGGACGCCAGGAAAAACAAGUUAUACAACUUAUUACGAGUAUUGUUCAAUAAAAAAAAAAAAAAAAUAAAUAACUUUGCUUUUCCAAAUAAUUACUGUAAAUUAUCUCAAACCCAAAAACAGCAACAAAAAGACAAACACACAAAAAACAAAACACAUAUGUAUUAAACAAAUGGUAAAUUACUAACAAAAAUCGAAGCCUAACCACAACAGCAACAAAAUGAAACAAACAAGACAACAAACUAUAUAUACUUGCAUAUUAAACAAAUUAUAUGAAAUUAUAUAAAAUGAUGUUGAUUAUUGAUUUAAAUUAAAACUGAGAAAGUGAAUAAAACAAAUUAUAUAUACACCUAUAUAUAUAAAUAUUAAACAAAACAAAAGCAAAACUUUCGUUUGUGUUUUCCUUUUAGUUGGUUUUAGACAUAUUUAUUUACACAGCGUUACACUGAGCAAAACGAAGUGUAAGUGUUAGUCCCAAACGACAUGUACAUACACACACACACACACACAACUAACACCCACACAACCACAUGAUGACACCCACACUGAAACACCCACGAACUGACCAAAAGCAAGUCGUACAUAUUAAUGUAUUAUAAAAUAUACACCUAACUGUGUAUAUGAAUACCGUUAGUUAUACAAUAUCUGUAAUUGUAAUUAUAUUAUUUUCAAAAACGUUCUCAAAGCAAGCAGAAUGCAGCGCAUAGCCCAUCACGAAAGCACAAAUCAGUAGAGGAAAUCAGAGUGGAAGGAAGUCAGAAGAGAAAUAAAAACUAAAUAAGAUAUUAAAAUAGGACACAGAAAAAUAAUACAGAAUACAAAAAGAGAAAAAAAAAACAAGAAAAUAAUGUAGCAGUCCAUGUACUUUUAUUUUCUAGAUAUGUAUGUAUGUAAUUUAUAUUCGAUAAAUCAGGCAUUAUGCAUUUAGCAACCAGACAAAAGCACACAAACUUAACUAGGAUUCACUAUCGAAGAAGAUCAAAAGAUCAGGAUCGAUCAUCCUACCAUUCACCAUAGCUAUAGCCCGAUUUCAAUGAUAAAAUCUUAAAAGAUCUCCAUAUAAUCCAGUGCAUUUAUUUUAGCUGAGAAGAACACUGGUGAGAAUCGAGAAUGAGAAUGCAUCUGUGGAAUCGGGAUAUCAUACAUAUAGAGCGCACCUGAGGGAACGAUCGAGUAGCAAGUUAAGAAAAAUGAGUAACGACAAAUACAAGAUAUAGAAAUAUGCGUUAUCGGUUCAACAGAGCCAAGAUAUAGGACAAUGUUUGAUGUUGAUAUGAGUUAAUCUGGCACCUAGUGUGCGCGUUAUAAGCAUAGAUAUGAACAUACAUGCGUAAUACAAAAAAUUAGCCCAUCUAAUAAGAUCAUUUUAUAUACCCAGCGAUCGAAUGAGGGCAGCAAACAUUAUACAUAACCAUCGACAGCACCGCAUAGUAUGAACACAGCAUACGAUAUAUAAGUAUCCACAUAACCAAGAGAUAUACAUACAUAUAUACACUUGGAAAUUAUAUCCACGUACUUCUCCCUGGAGUUCGCCAUCCUUCGGUUCAGAUUCAAACUCUAUAUACCCACCCACACGUACUCGUACAUACAAACACUCUCAUCCAGCACUUACACUCGCGGAUAUCAUUUUAUGACUCUUUCCGGAGUUUUGUUGUUUACGAUAAACUGUUUAUAGCUGUUUUUGAAUUUUAAAUAAAUUAUAUUUACUAUAUGGCAAAACAAAGAAAUAAAAACUAAAGAAAACCAUAUAUGAUAGUAAUAUAUGUUUUAAAUGCUAUUACCAAACGAAUCUUAAAUUGAGGCUUUGCAAGCAGAGUUGCAAGCGAAAGAAUAUUAUUGAAUAAACUGCAUAUAUAUAUACAUACUAUAAUGCAACUGUAUUGCAAGACAAGCAUAGCAUUUUAUUUCCGAGGCAAAAAGAAUUUAACAAAAACACCCACACACAAACACUUAAACUCCGACACCUUUGUACGGUUAGCGGUAACCACAUGUGAGCCCUUAGGCCCCAAGAUAUUGCAACAACCAACCGUACAACCCCACAACAAUAAAAAGCCCCAACAACAGCAACAGAUAGAUGAUCUAUGUAAAACACUAGCGAUGUGAGCGACACAGAUAUACACAAAUACACAAGAACUAACAUAUGUGAAAUGAAACGAGGAAUGUUUAUAAACAAUAAACAAAUGUUUGAAAACUA